GGUCUUGUGUUUGUCUCCGAGAACUGCAUGUCGGAUGUGCAUGGAUAUCCUGUCCAAGAUGUGUACGCGGCUGCGUAUGGCUGCCGCCGGCCGGCCUGGGGCCUUUGCUGCCGGGCUGCUGGUGGGGGCCUCGCUGCUGUGGUGGCAGACGGACUGCCUCGUGCUGCCCAAUCCCGAGGAGAUGAUAAUGGCGAGCUCCAGUCAAGUAUUCACUGGAGGUCCGAAGCACGCCUUUGACAUAAUGACCGUUGCACUGACGCCCACGUGCGUAAACUACCAGACCAUCAUGAACGCGCUGAAGUAUUUGAAGCCCCAAGGCCUUCGGAAGAUCUUCGUUUGCGUGCCGAAGAGGUGGGUGAAGAGCUUCUCCGAGCUCCACGAAGACGUGAUCGGGGUGGAUGAGUCCCUGGCGGUGCCGGGGGUGUCCUUUGACCUGAUCGCGAAGCAGUUGGACCUGCAGGGCUUCGGGGGCCACGAGGCCUGGAACGGGCGAGUCAACGCGGGCUGGUAUUUGAUGCAGUUCCUGAACCUUGGCUUCGGGAUGCGCGAGGACGUGCUGGACUUCGUCCUCCUGCACGACGCGGACCAAAUGGUUCUCUCUAACUUUCGGGUGUGGGGCCCGACCGCCUUCACCGGGCCCAACGGAUCGCUGCCCACCGUGAACCUGCGGCCAGGGGGACUGGAUGCGAGGCAGUACGACCCUGCUCACUAUUGCCUGCUAGGUGAGCAUCUGGAGAACCCCUCGCAGCCCAGUAGCAGCUACACCAGCCACAGCUGGAUGAGUUUUCGCCCGCACCUGGCCGAGCUUUUGGCCAAGUUCGGGGGCCACCGCUCGGAGGUCUCUAACGAGGCCCAGCCCUGGCUCGAGCGCAUCGUGUCCUGCAUCAACCGGAAGCUGCCGCAGUUGGGCUUCGGGGAGAUUGCCUCCUACAUCUCCCACACAGUCCGGCAUCAUCCGGACUUUUACUUCUACAUGAACAAGGUCACCUGGAGGCGAAACCCAGUGCCGCCCUUUGAGCCAACGCAGCCGGGAAACUACUGCUGCCCCACGGCUGAGGCAUUGGAGGCGCAUGCCGCCAAGGGUCUGGACGAAUACCUGGGCACUGAGCUGGGGCAUGAGGAUCAAGCGUACUGCGGAUACAGGGAUCCUCGGUUCAGGAAGGAGGCGUACCCUCCCUCCGACCACGACUAUUGGAGGACUCGUUCCAUACAUUGGCGUGCAGACGAGUGAUGCCUGGCAAAAAGCGGCAAC